UUUAACUAUUUACGACAUGCCAAAAGUCAAUAUUCUUUCAGCGAUGGCGACGCUCGUGAAUGUAUUUUCGAAGGGCACUCGAUUAAGUAAGAGGAUAAGGUGUCUGUAUCGCUAUGGAGAAAAAUAUUGCAGCAGCGUAGCAACACCUAAAAUUACAACACAUUACACAGUUCAUCCAAGAGAAAAUGAUCCUCGCUGGAAAGAUGUGGAUAUGGAGAGGUUUGCAGAUGAAGCUGAUGUACUCAUCGUCGGUGGAGGUCCAGCGGGGCUGUCAGCCGCAUGUAAACUCAAACUCAUGGCUAAUGAACAGGGGAAGGAACUGAGGGUGUGCUUGGUAGAGAAAGCAGCUGAGAUCGGUGGCCAUACCUUAUCAGGUGCUUGCAUUGAACCAAGAUCUCUGGAGGAAUUGUUUCCAAACUGGAGAGAAAUGGGAGCACCACUGAAGACUGAGGUGAAAGAAGACAAGUUUGCUUUUCUGACUGAGAAGGGAAGGAUCCCUAUCCCAGUAUUACCAGGAAUGCCGAUGAGUAACCAUGGGAAUUACAUAGUGAGGCUGGGCAAUGUUGUCAGAUGGCUUGGAGAACAGGCCGAGGCAUUAGGUGUGGAGAUUUACCCGGGCUAUGCUGCCAGUGAGGUGUUAUUUCAUGAAGAUGGUAGUGUGAAAGGAAUAGCCACGAAUGAUGUAGGAAUACAUAAAGAUGGAUCUCCAAAGGAAACUUUUGAAAGAGGUAUGGAACUCCAUGCUAAAGUGACAAUAUUCAGUGAAGGAUGUCAUGGACAUUUAGCAAAACAGUUGUACAAAACCUUUGAUCUCAGGAAAGAUUGUGAACCACAGACUUAUGGGAUAGGCUUCAAAGAAUUGUGGGAAAUAGACCCGGCACUUCAUCAGCCUGGGCGAGUAGAGCACACAGUGGGAUGGCCCUUUGAUAACAGGACAUAUGGAGGGACAUUUCUGUAUCAUUUAGAUGAAGGUCCCCUUAUUGUUGUCGGGAUUGUGGUUGGACUUGACUACAGAAAUCCUUAUUUAAGUCCAUUCAGGGAAUUCCAGCGAUUCAAACACCAUCCCUCUAUUGAACCUCUAUUCCGCUCUGGUAAAAGGAUAGGAUACGGUGCACGUGCACUUAAUGAGGGAGGUGUUCAGUCCAUCCCCAAGCUGUCUUUUCCUGGAGGAUGUCUGAUUGGGUGUAGCCCGGGCUUCAUGAAUGUACCCAAAAUCAAGGGAACCCACAACGCCAUGAAGAGCGGCAUCUUGGCUGCCGAGUCAGUGUUUGAACUCGUUACUGAUGAGGAAAAAGUUUCACAGUCACCAACAACAGGAUUAGAGCCAGUGAAGUACGAGGAGAAUCUGAAGAACAGCUGGUUGUGGAAGGAGCUUUAUGCUGUCCGCAAUGUUAGGCCUUCCUUUAACACGAGUUUAGGAACCUUUGGAGGCGUACUGUAUACUGGUCUGUUUUACUGGAUAAUGAGAGGAAAGGAGCCAUGGACUCUUCAUCAUGGAGGACCUGAUAAUGCAAAACUAAAACCAGCUAAGGAAUGUCCAAUUAUUGAGUACCCUAAGCCUGAUGGGGUUGUGAGUUUUGACCUUUUGACCUCAGUGGCCUUGGCAGGAACCAAUCACGAUCAUGAUCAGCCAGCCCACUUGACAUUACUUGAUGACAGUGUUCCUGUCAAUCAUAAUCUGGCCAUUUAUGAUGGUCCUGAACAAAGAUUUUGUCCAGCAGGUGUGUAUGAGUAUGUGGAGUUGGAGGAUGGCAGUGGUAAAAGACUACAAAUUAACGCUCAGAACUGUAUACACUGUAAAACCUGUGAUAUCAAGGACCCUAGUCAGAAUAUAAACUGGGUGUGCCCUCAAGGAGGCGAGGGACCCGCUUACAAUGGCAUGUGAACAAAUAAGGGUGUCUUCCUGGGAAAUCAUUGCUGUGACCUCAUUUUGUGUCUCGAGGUGGACACCAGUCAUGUGUUCCCACUUUUUAUGCACCUCUGCAAUUGCCUGAUGUGAUAGAAUGAAAUAUUUGCUUUCAUCUGCAAACAUACUCAGGGAGGGAUGCUUUUCACAGACUCAAAACAGUAACUGUAUUAUUCUAAGCUUCUCUGAAACUGAAGAUGUUAUCAUUGUUUUCAUCCAAUACAUAUAACUGUUGAUAAUCAUAAAACAGUUUGUCCUUUAUUUCUGUAAUUCUGUGCAUUCUUGUAUGUAAGAUUUGAAAUGAAAAAGGCUUUUGCAUAAACUGAAGUGAUAUUGAAUCUCUUGGCAAAAGGCAUGUACAUGUAAAUCAGUUUUCCAAAUUUAGAAUUCUGUAAACUUAAUUUAAAUUGAUAUAUCCUAUUUUUUUAUGUAUAUACUUAUUAUUUUUAAACUUGGUUUUGAAUAUUUUAACUAUUAAAUUAAGUUAUAAUGUAUUAAAA